ACGAAUCAAUCUCCAAUCAUUACAAAAGAUCUCUGAUAAUUCAAUUAUUGCAUUAUCAAAUUAUUGCAAAAAUUUAGUUUCAAUAAAUUUAAGUAAUUGUUCUUUGAUUACUUGUAAGGCUUUAGAAAGCAUUCUGAUUGCUAAUAAGAACAAUUUGGAGGAAUUGAUCAUUCAUAAUAUGAAAUCAAUUCCGAUACUUGAAAGUUCUAUUAUUGAGCUACUCAUUAGAUGUAUUAAUUUAAAAACACUUUCGAUUAGUCUUGGUUACAUCAUUCCUACAUCAUUCGCCAAUCUCUCUUUUGGAUCCUCUUCAAAGUCUCCACCACCAUACACUUCUAAAUCCCCCGGUAAUGACGCACAAUUAAUACUUGAUCGGUUUGAACAAUUCCAGAAUUUACAAGUGCUGUUGAUUCACAAUGUACCGGAGCACACAUCAACAGAAUUUUUAUGGGAUUUGUUUGAGAAAUGUGGAAGAUAUGGUAAUUGCACGUUAAAGGACGUUAAAAUUUAUAGGAAAAGCUAUGAAAGUGAUUUUAUUCUGGGUGGAUAUGCUAAGGUUAAGCAAGCUGGUGAAAUAAAUCAAGAAUCCGUUAAUACUUUUAAUAAAAAUCAUUUAAAUGGUCCAAAGAUUAA